AUGAAGCUUGUUCCAACAGGCAGUAUCUUUUAUGCUCCUAGUCAUCUCUUGAAAAAGUUUAAGCAAAUCCCAAACCCUAGUCUAUAUCGCCGCUCUCAAACACCAAAAUGUACCAAUCCAGAUUGUUUGGAGGACAUGGCUUCGUUUUCUUGCUGGGGUUUUAACAUCCGACAUACCCUUCACCAAAUGCGACUUGAUGACACGAUUCCGGAGAGGCUCACCCAUGUUCUUCAAGUUGGGAGUACUGCGAUAUCAAGAGAAAAUGUCUCGGACAAUCACUAUAAAAACGCAAUGAUGCGGAAAGAGUGGGAUACUGACAAGAUUUCUACUUCUAAACCAAAAUGUUGUGUCGAUCUUGCUACAAUAUUUGCCUGGGACGGGAUAGUACGACCCAAUACCUUUAGAGAAAAGGGGCGCAAACGGCUAUUAAUUGAAUAUACUGUAUGA